AUGACUUCUCCCCGCGACCCCCAGGCCAAGGAGUACACCCACGUCCGCGGCACCACGGAGGAUCUCCUCGAUCGUCUCGCCGUCUCUGAGCUGUGCAAGGGAUGGCCGGUCUACCGCGAUGCGUCUGAGUGGAAGAACUAUCGCUCGCUGUUUGCCGAGGACGCAUAUGUCUGGACCACCUGGAGCAAGCGCCUCCACAUUGACGACUUCAUCGCCGCCUCCAAGAAGGGCAAGGCGGCAGGCGACUUCAUCAUGCACCGCGAGUGCGGCACGCUCGUCGACCUGAACCCCGCGACGGGCCGCGCGGUCGGCAAGAUGAAGGCCACAAUCACACAGCGCUUCGUUGAGCGCCGGUCCGCCGCCGCCUCUGCUGCUGCGAGUGGUUCCAGCCAUCGAGAUGACACUUCUUCUUCCUCCUCCAUCAUCGAGUACGACGUCGACUGCGACUGCCAAUUCCACUUCUUCUGCGAGCGCAGCACCAGCAGCACCAGCAGCACCCGUGGCCGAUGGAAGGUCAAAUACGUCAAGCUCAUCUACUCCAAGGACAAGGUCGUCCCCGUCGACGGCGGCCGCCAGGCGCCAGUCUUCUCCCCUGAGGAGCUCGCCCCCUUCCCGGCCGGGUACAAGUACCUCGGCGCCGCGCAGGCCCGGCUCGGCCACGACAUGGACCUCACGCUGCCCACGCCCGGCGACGAGCGGCGGUGGCUGGACCUGUACGCCAAGAUGGGCCAGUGGCUCGAUGGGGCGGAGGAUGUCGAUCUC